AUGAAACUCACGCCCGUCCGUAUCAGGGGCAAACGCAAGGCAUCAAACACCGCCACUUCGACCACGCCGCGGCCGUCCAAGAUGCUGCGCUCCCUCCAGGACGUCAAGCAUAUGCGGCAGCGGCAGCCGCGCACCACCCUUGACAGGCUUCCCACCGAGAUUCUCGAGAAAAUUCUCCUGUACAGCGGCAGCGUGGCGCUCCCGCAGUGCAGCCCCGUCGUUGGCGCCAAGCUGUCGUCUCGUGCGACGUUGCUGCGCUUCUUCAUUUGGGGCUUCCACGACACGUGGGACCAGUGGUUUGGGGUUCCCUUUCGUGAAGUGCUCGAGGGCCCCAAGCCGAAAGACGAUGCCAGGGGAGCGCGCAGUCCGCAGGAAGCAAAAUACUUUCCAUGCGAUGGCGACCCCGAGCUCCAAAGCGCUCUUCUCGAGCUUCCUUGGGUAGACAUGGACUUGAUCCUGCGCGCCCAGCAGACGUGGGCCGACACCUACGCCCGCCACCGCUGGUACGAGCCGCACAUCCCGCUCAGCGCCGGCGGGUAUGGCCUCUUUGACGCCACGCGGUAUUUCGACGCCGCAUACCAGACUUUUACUCGCCACCGACACCUCCCGGUGCGCACCGUCGUCCGUCACGUGCAUCCUGACGUGCGUCUGCCCGUACCGCUGGUAACGGGUCCGUGGAACGAGGAACGCCAGAGGCGGCUGCUGUGGCUCGUUCACGGGGGGAUCAACCUCGAGGCGCCGGACAGCGCGACGCGCAGCCUGCCGUGGGAGUAUCACGUUGACUUCCUGCGCAACGCUAUCGUACAGGCGCAGACGCCGAACGACAUCGCAUACCGGCUACUACGGGAUCAGUGCGAUUUGAUGCGGGUGCCGGCGGACGUGCUUCGGCAGGAGCGCGACGCCCUGAUUAAGAGGUUGCAAUGGGGCCAGCACAGCGAGCUUGUGUUUUCAUUGCUGCAGGAAGUGCUGGAGGAUGUCAAUUACAAGUUGGACUAUCACACUUUCAGUCCUCAGAAGUGA